UCCAAGUGUUAAUUGCCAAGCCAAUCAACCUCCAACGGUCUCCUUCUUUGGCUCUCUCCCCCAAAAUCCACAGAUUGUUUCUUUUACAAGUCAAAGAACCCUAAAAUUAAAACCUUCCAAAUUUCAACCAAAAUGCUUAUUCAAAUUAUUUUGUUAAUUUAAUAUAAUCUUAUUAGAAAUAAUAGUUACGGAAGUUAAUUAAUGAUGAUCGAGACGGCGUUGGUGGUGGAAUAUCUGGUGCCGUCUUCGUGGGAGGUCAAAGUGGCGGUGGCCACGUCGCUGUUCUUGAUCCUUUCUUAUUGGAUUUAUACAUUCCAAGUUGGAAAUGGAGGUGGCGGUGAUCGAUCGCUGCUUCAGGAGAAUUUUACUGCUGACAUUAUUCUUGACGAUAAAGACAAGAUAGUCCAGUUCAAAGGAGAUCUUCCAACCAAUGCUGCCUAUACAAUCAAGGUUGAAUUGCUGGCAGCCAAGAAUCUCAUUGGUGCAAACUUGAAUGGCACAUCAGAUCCUUAUGCUAUCAUUACAUGUGGUUCUGAAAAGAGAUUCAGUUCAAUGAUCCCCGGCUCAAGAAACCCCAUGUGGGGAGAGGAGUUCAAUUUCUACGUUGAUGAGCUUCCUGUCCAGAUAAAUGUAACAAUAUAUGACUGGGAUAUAGUUUGGAAGAGUGCAAUUCUUGGUUCAGUUAUUGUUCCGGUUGAAAAUGAAGGUGAAAGCACCCCAGUAUGGCAUACAUUAGAUAGGGAACCUGGACAGGUUUGUCUACAUAUUACAACACAAAAAUCACUUGUAAACUCUUCCAGGCGAGUAAAUGGAUAUGCUGGAGCUGGAGCUGGAGCUAAAGCUCGAAGAAGGGUUACUUCAGAAAAACAAGGCCCUACAGUGGUUCAUCAAAAGCCAGGACCUUUACAGACAAUAUUUAACCUCCAUCCAGAUGAGGUUGUGGAGCAUAGUUAUUCUUGUGCACUUGAGAGAUCAUUCUUGUACCAUGGUCGUAUGUAUGUCUCUGCAUGGCACAUAUGUUUCCAUUCUAAUGUGUUCUCCAAACAAAUUAAGGUGGUAAUUCCAUUCGAGAAUAUAGAUGAGAUCCGUAAGAGUCAGCAUGCAUUCAUUAAUCCUGCAAUAACAAUAAUUCUUCGGAUGGGUGCGGGUGGGCAUGGUGUACCUCCAUUAGGGAGCUUUGAUGGUAGAGUCAGGUAUAGAUUUGCAUCAUUUUGGAACAGAAACCACACAGUACGAGCAUUGCAGCGUGCAACCAAAAACUACCAUGCAAUGUUGGAAGCUGAGAAGAAGGAGCGAGCAGCGUCAGCAUUGCGUGCAAGCAGUAGUAGAAGGCAAGCUCCAACUCCUCCAGAUAAAGAAUCUAAACCUAAAACUGAAAAAAUACCUUUUAUCAAAGAACAAGUUCUAGUUGGUAUCUACAAUGAUGUAUUUCCCUGCACCGCUAAGAAGCUUUAUAAUUUAUUAUUGAGUGAUGACUCUAGUUUCACAAAUGAAUAUCGCUCAUCACGGAAAGACAAAAAUCUUACAAUGGGUCAGUGGCAUGAUGCAGAUGAAUAUGAAGGUCAAGUGAGAGAGAUUACAUUCAGAUCCAUUUGUAACAAUCCUAUGUGCCCUCCAGACACCGCCAUGACUGAGGAUCAACAUUUUGUUUUAUCAUCAGAUAAGAAAAAGCUUGUUUUUGAAACUGUACAACAGGCACAUGAUGUUCCAUUUGGCACUUACUUCGAAGUUCAUUGUCAAUGGAUUGCAGAGACCAAUGGUGAAAACUCAUCUGCUUUAGAUAUCAAAGCAGGCGCACAUUUUAAGAAAUGGUGUGUGAUGCAAUCAAAAAUUAAGUCGGGCGCUGUUGAAGAGUGCAAGAAAGAGAUUGAAACAAUGUUAGUUGUUGCCCGUUCGUAUAUAGAGUCACAUACUACCGGAGGUCAGACCAGUAACUCGUUGUCACCACCCUCAGUUACAAACGAUAUCAGCUAACUCGGGUAAUCCCUCCGAUUUUAUUGUAUAAUUUCUUUUAUAUCUCUUUUUGUAAUGUUCUAUAUGGAGAUGUUAGUCUUAUGUAUAGGUACCAGGGUUUUUCUUUCUUUUCUUUUUUUGCCAAGGUAUAGAGUUAUAAUGUAACUUAAAAAGGUUCCCACGGAAGCGAAAGUAAAAGAGAAUGAUUAAUGUAAUGCAUUUUCCCAAUGCAAUAGG